AUGGACAGACAACUCAUGGCGAGAGGGGGUCUAGCUGUGCAUGAGGCAGCGGGAUCAUACAUCGCAAUUGAUACUACGGAGACUUCACAGUCGGGAAAUGGCUCAUGCGUAGCUAAAGUUGGCCACGUUCAAUUGAGUGGCGAAGCUAGUUGUUUAUGUGUGGUCAAUUCGACGAUGUGGGUUGGCGAGGCAUCAGGCAAGGUGAGUCUGUUGGAAGCGGGUACAGGACGUAUCAUCACUGUUCUUUCAAAAUCCAGGGAUGUACCUGUUACUGUAAUGCGCACUGCUCGUGGUAUUGUGUGGAUGGGGUAUACCGAUGGGGUUCUGCGCGUUUAUAAUGCGUUGAGUAUGAACCUCAUCAAGGAAACAAAAUUACACAAUGACUAUAUUACAGAUAUUGCUGUUACUUCAGACUGUGAUACUGUGUAUUCUUCUUCAGUCGACUGCCGAAUACGCUAUUGGAGCACCUUGUUUUUUGCUACUGAAGGUGUUCGAACUCUGGGCGAGUGUGGUGGUGCCGUGCGCUCUUUGAAGUUUUAUCACAGGAGCCUUUUCUCCGGUGGGGACGACUCCCGUAUCAUCGAAUGGGAUACCGAGAACAAAAAACGUUCACAUGUUUUAAAGGCGCACUCUGCCUCGGUUCUGACACAAACAGUUUAUAAUGGUCGACUUUGGAGCGGCUCUGCGGACGGCACAGUGUGCGUGUGGAGUUUGUCCAACGUGCGGGGUGUACCCCCAGAGUGCAUUCACAUGAUCACAAAUCCCCAUGAAGGUCCUGUGACAACUUUGAGAGCUGUGGGAGCGAAAGUUUGGUCUGUGUCAGCAGGGCAGCUCUACGUGUGGAAUCCUACUUCCUUCGAAUUGGAGAUACACUGUCGAUUAAGCAAAGAGAAACAGAUUACUUUUGACAUUGCGGAGACGGCAACACAAAUGGUUUGCAGUAAGACGUGGAUCAGUUCCAAGGCUACCGGGAGCAUUACCAUUCUGCAGAGCGAUGAUGCGCUGCCUCUGCAUAUGUGUAAUGAGGAUUCUCCGGAUGCCAUAAUGAAGGCAAAGGACAAUGAGGGUCUCAUAAUUCAGCUACUCGAGUCUCAAAAAGCUUUAACUGCCGAGGUUCAGACGUUGCGAGCACAGUUGGCAGAAUUGAAAUCUCACCAGGGACGAAGCCUGACUGCUGGAGUUCUUAAUCCCCCAAUGCAUGAUGCCAUAAAUAGCCCUAAAUCACUCGUUUAUGCUCCACGUUCACCUGCAUUCAGUUCAGGUAUUGUACAUGAUGGUGCUACUGAUACCACAGCUGCGAAGAAUUCAGAUGUCAGAAAGAAAUUGAAUAACAUGCCUUUCUCCGCUAAAUGGAUAGACAAAUUGACAGUAAUACCUUCCAUCCCUCAAUAUGUUGUGGUUGAUUCACAUGUACUGCUUGAGAAACUGGUAUGCUUCCGUGAAGAGUUAAGGAAGCUUAUCGGUUCUACGGAGAUAUCACAGAAAAACAAUUUUUUGUACUUUGCUGAAGAGGAUGAUUCAGUACCUCUCCCAAUUGGCUUUAUUACGCUGGCUGAACUUACACUUGAGGAACAAAAGGCAGUAGAGCGUAUAUGUGGUGGUGAAAAUCCACCGUUUAUUGUGCCUCCUCCGUCCCAACUAGACAACGCUUCUGAUAAACGACGUCUGCGGCGACUCAUCAACAGGGUGCGCCCAUUCAAUUAUGUGCCUUCCUCAGCUUCACCUAAAAUUAGACCGAUGAUUUGUACGUUUUUUAAAAAUAUUCAGCCCUCUGAUGAAAAAUCAAAUGACAUUUCUUCAAUAAUAGGGGGGACCGAUGACAUUGGAUACCCCCCAAUAUCGUUUUCCUUGCAAGCCAUCAUUCGAGAUUUGGCUACGGAAGUGAAAAAACGCACUCAAGGUGAAGAACUCACCUCGAGAUGCGAGUUGCCCCACACAGGAGCAAAAGUUUUUAAAUCGCAAUCACCAUCAUGUAUUCAACCGGAUCAUCCUCCGAUGUGGCGCGAGGAAGAUAGAACGAGGGGCAAUGACCGGAUAGCUACUCGUCUUCCCGGUAUAGAUCUUACGUUGGUUGUCGAUAAGCCUACGCCAUAUAUAGGCGAUGCAGCGUGUUAUGUCGAGGAAAGCUGUGACAGAAAAAACGCCGGAUUUAUUGCGCGGAUUCACGCAUUAAAGCGGGAUGUGAUAAAAUGCGCCGCCCACCACCCGUCAAUCCGGGUCCGGGCGUGUACCGCUGAUCUCUUGCCCUCUUCCGCAAUUGAUGCUGCCUCUGAUGCUGAGGAGGGGUUGCACCAACUCGGCAUUACAUCCUGUAUACUGGUAAGACGGCUAUGCAGUCUUGCAGAAAAACUGGAAGUGGAGGUGCGCGAACUGAAGUUGGUGUCUUGUGCGCCCGUAACAAAUGACAAGGAGGGUGGUACAGGACACUUGGAGAGUGUGUCCCAUCCGAUCCCAGGGCUGGUUUCCUUGGUCAGUCAGAUGCAGGAGAACUGCCAGACUGCUCACGAGCUCGUCAUUCAGCACCUCUUGGAUGAAGGGAGGCGAAUUGCACUUCAGUACGGGCGUCUCAUGGAUGUGCUGCUCCAGCGGCAUAAACCCGCUGCACGCCCUGCGGUUUCUUGGGAGCAGACGCGACCGAAACGUGAUCGUCAUUUCUCCUCCGCAUCGUGUUUUUCGUCGUCGUCGUCAUCAUCGUCUGUGUUGGAGGCACUAGAUGCCUACGACGCAUUAGUCGAGAAGGUCCGCAUAAUGGAGCGGGCUUUCUUUGCGGUCUGA